CCGCCUCCUGAGGACAUCGCGGCCGCGGCUCUGACGCGGUUGCGCCGACGGUGUCCUUGGCAGGAAGUUUCAGACGAUCAUAUGAUUAGCUGGUUUGACUCGUUGUGUGCCCGUGGCAGGCACGAGGUGGCAAUGGUGGCGAUUCGAAGAGACGGAAGCGCCAGGAAGAAAAGAAAAGCACAGGGGAAAUGAAGCGGCGUCGUGAAGAGGACAGGUGAGCGAAGACACAAGCGGACGGGAGAGGGAGCCGGCCACCCCGCCGAGGGCCUUUUAUUAUCCUGAAACGGCGGAAGGAGUAUGGAGAAUGAUGAACUUUCGUCAGCGUAUGGGAUGGAUUGGCAUGGGACUCUACUUACUGGUUAGCGCGGCGGCCUUUUAUUACGUCUUUGAAAUCAACCAGACGUACAACAGCCUGACACUGGAGCAAGUAGCACAGGUGCCGAGGGAGUCGCAGACGGGACUGACAUCCUGGAUGCAGAGCCUGAAGAGCCGCCUGCUGUCCUUCCCCUUUUGGAUGUGGGCCCUUAUUUUCUUGGUUCCUUACCUGCAAGUUUUUCUAUUUCUGUACUCUUGCACUCGGGCUGAACCCAAAAACAUUGGCUACUGUAUUAUCCCUAUCUUUUUAGCAGUCAUUUGCAAUCGGCAGCAGACGUUUUCAAAGGCCUCAAAUCAGAUAAGCAGGUUGCAGCUGAUUGACACUUAAGACUUUUGUGUUUUUUUUUUUUUUUUUAUGAAUUGCAAACUUGAAAAAGAAUUUACAUCUUCAGACAUUUGCUAAUUUCCUGGAAAUCACAGUGAAGUGACACCUUGCACUUUUGGUUGUACAAUGUGGACAUUUUUUGAAUCAAGAAACGAUUUUUACAGCUGACGUCUUAAGAGAGGACUUUGUAGAAGGGGGUUUGUGUCCCUCAGUGGUCCUCCAGCACACUCCGAGGGAAUUGAGGGAUGCGCCUUGAUGACCAGAUACACGUUAAUAUAUGACUGACAAUGUGCUCUCAUUUUGAUGGGUUUUUUUUUUUUUUUUUUUAUAAGUUUUAAUGUAAAGUUUGCCCUUUUGCAAUAUGUGUAGGUAGUUUUAAAACCUCCACUCAUGAGGAAACCUGAGUAAGAAUGAUUAGUUCCCUCCAUGCUGGGUUUUUCUUUCUGUUUUAAUUCUGUUUUCAAACAGAAGCCAGGUGUUUAUCAGAAGAAAACAGUAUCAUGAGACAGAAGGGUGAUCCUCCACUGCGAUUAACAUGCAGCAGCCCCGGUGUAUUGUAUUUAUUAGUAAUAUUUAAGCAUUCACCUGCAGUUUUGCAUGCACAAGUUCACCAUAAGUCUGUAACUGAUGUUGUUUGGACUUCUGGCUUUGGUUUGCUUCAGAGUCAUGUCUGAAAACUUGGAUCGUUGAUGCGUGCACUGUUACUGGUUCAUCCUAUCUGUGAUUCAGUGUAACAGAGAGACCACCACAUGAUCCCCCAACUAAAGUGGCUGUCUGUAACACAGAAUUGAGAGCGGGAGACCAGGAGAGGGAGUUAAAUGUUGACCACAGUUUCAGGGCUUUUUGAUUUUCAUGUCUGUAUUGCGUGGUUGGAGGCAUUAGCAGCAAUUUUAGGGGCUGUUUGAAGAACGUGGUUAUGGCACUGUACCGUCCUGAACAUCAUGAGACCUGAUUUAUUAAUGGAUAUUGUUGUGAAUAGUCUUCAUUUAGAAUUAUGUGUACUUUUUCAUAAAAAUGUGACAAUUUUGAAAUGGAAAGUACAUUUACUAAUCCCAGUAACAUCAUUGCUAGUUUCUCAGUGAGAACUCCGUUGGCUCGUUUUUCUUUUUUUCCUUCCACAGUCUGUUGAGAUGGGGAAUGAUUGCUCAGUGCAUUUCCUAACAGUAAGCCAUAUUAAAAUGUGGUGUAAGGACGGGCUGCUCCUGCUGUGAGGGGGUACGCCAGAUGCCAAAGAGGUGUGUUUGUUUGCUAUAUCCUUAAAAUGUGUACAACUUAAUGGGAGCUCUAAUGGCUUGUAAAGGGGGGGAAGAAAUCAAUGCAAUUUUGGUUUAACUAAUGUUGGGUAUUUUGUGCUUCUAAAAUUCAAGGUACUUGGUUUCUGCUUUUUGUUUUCAAUGAAUUGCACUGUGAUAUAAUAAAAUUAUGUUUGAACGUAAUUUUGGUAUUAAAAUAUCUGGACC